AUUUUUCAAAGUUGAGUUUGCGUUUCAAAUCUUCUAUGAUCGUCAGUUUGACUUUUCUAGUUCCAUAUGGCGGCGACAUAUGCAAACUCUACUUAUAUAAAGGAUUCAUUUUGUUAUAGGAAAAAACAAAACGAAAAAACGUAAACUUAAACUAUUCUCUUCAACUGAUUUUGGCACAAACAGAGUAUAUAGAUACAUCAGGUAUCGCAAAUAGUGUUGGCAUGGCCACGGCGCCGGAGUCGUUCGCAGCUAACACGCAGCCGUCAUCAGCAGCCGGCGGUGGCAGCAGAGUGGUGUUGGUCGGCCCGGAGUACUGUUCUCCAUAUCCCGUGGAGCUGGCAAUGAAAAGGAAGGUUGUUUCCAGGUCGGAAAAGCUAGCCUUCUUUGAUGUCAGCAACAACAACAUCCUCUUUAGAGUUCAGUCCUUUGGAUUUAAUAGGAGGAAGCUGAGGAUCCUCGAUGCUGCCGGAGUUCCUAUUCUCACUAUCAAUCCGCCCAAGGCAUUUAGUUGCACGGGAAGAAGGCAAGUGUUCAGGGAGGAAGGCAACCAUCUAAUAUGUAGUGUGAGGAACAGUGUUUCUGCUUUUUUCCAAACGAAAAAGAAAGUAUAUUUGGCAAACAACACCACCGAAGAUCUUUGUGAUUUCCAGAUUAAAAGACGUUGCUUUGAAGACUCUUAUGUCGUUUAUGCUUGUGAAUCCAAAACUGCUAUUAUCGCCGAGGUAUACAUAAUUUGUGGAAUUAACUUUUAUUUUUUUUUAAAAAAAAGAAUUUCCAUUGAACUUUUUGAUUUUGAUAAUGAGUAGCUAGGUAUUCUCUAUUUUUUUUUCUUUUUUGAAUAGAGGGAAUAAUUAUUAAUUAAAUAACGAUUAAUAUAAUUGAAAUUAUAAUGAUUUUGAUUAUCAGAUUCACGAGCCUCCGCCAAAAUUUUUUUCUUCGGGAAAAGAUAAGUUCAGGGUGACGAUUCAACCGAACAUCGACCACGCUUUCAUCGUCGCACUCACAGUCAUUCUCGACGCCAUGAAGUCCGAUGGUGGAGGUGGUGGUGCUGGUGGGGGUGGUAUUGGGACCGGUGGUGGUGGUGGUGUUGCUGCUGGUGGUGGUGUUGACUAAUUUACAUCUUAAAUCGUCCCAGUUUCAGUUUAGGUUUGGAACUGUGGUUCUUUUCGGAAUUCCUACUACUUUAUAAUCUAUAUAAAAGGGAAUAGUGGAUUAUCCCAAGCAAAGUAUUUAUUUGCAAUUUAAAUCUAAAUGAAAAUGCUGAAAAUGUUAUUAGUGAAAAGAAAAACAUCACUGGAAAAGAAAAGGACGAAUUUAUAUCAUCAAAUAAAAACACAAAGAAAAAUAAUUAUAUACAUAUCUAUAGUUAGUCAUUUAUAUGUAGGACUAAGUAGGAUUAAGUAGUGUAUAUAUAUGGACAAAUUAAGCAGGAUUAGUUGGUCAAAUAUAGUUGUAACACAAG